AUGCCGGCAGCAGCACAGAUGACGACUUCCUCAACGUCAACUUCACCCUCCUCCUCCUCCGCUCCUCCCCUGAUCCCUCUCCUGCCCGAGACCAUCGGCGCAACCGCCAAGAGGUCGAAGAAGAACCCUAGGGUGCCCUCGGAGAUGCCCGCCCUAGAGCUGCACCCGACGGUGGGCGAGUACCCGGUGGACUACACCAUGCACGCCGAGAACCGGGGCAAGGUUAUCAACAGAUUGCGCGAAACAGACGGAGUUGCGCCGCGCGGGGUGUUGCUGCUCCGCGGCGGACUUGCCGCGAACCGAGACGAGACGGACCACGAGCCGGUGUUCCGGCAGGAGUCGACCUUCCACUACCUGUUCGGGGUGAGGGAGCCCAACUGCCUCGCGACGAUCGACCUGGAGACGGGGAAGGCGACUCUCUUUAUCCCGAGGCUUCCCGCGGAGUACGCGACGUGGAUGGGCGACAUCCUUCCCCCGAAGCACUUCCAGUACUCAUGUGUCGAACGGUUCAUCGAGUCGCCUCAAUCAGCAUGAAGGUCUCCGGGUGGCCAUGUUGUAGACCUCCAAGUUCACCCUCGAUGCAUGCAACAGCUGUGUGAAGGAGCGUUGCACCAACAGUAUACGCAUGCGCAGAAGCGUUGUCUCUCCUUCUGGUCAUGACCUUACACAUACGAACAUUGACCGAACUUUUGUCGCUGUCACAAGAUGAGCGGUCGAUUUCAGAGUUGACCGUACCCCCCCGUGCUCGCCGUAGUAGUCUACGCAGCAAAAUUGAUUAAGCAAACAUAUGGGAUAAAGCAUUCAAUCCGUGCUUUAGGUUUAGGGUUAGGGUUAGAGUCAGGGAUAGGGUCUGCGUGCCCCCUCCCUAUUCUUUUUUUAGAUGCUCUUAAAAUCCUGCGUAGGCGGUCCUCGCCGUAAGACGUCGUGACUCCUCCCUUACUUGUACGAGUACGUUGAAAACGUUGCCGCUUUCAGGACAUGUACAAAGUGGACCAGGUGCUUUUCGUGGACGAGCUGGCCUCCACCAUCAAAGAGGGACAGCCGGAAAAGGUGUAUCUCAACAAGGGCUACAACACGGACGGCAAAGGCUUGGUCCGCUCCGCCCAGGGUAGAGGGGCUGGACGGGCUGGAGACGGAUUUUUGGACCACCCUUUAGGACGCCAUCGUGGAAUGCCGGGUGAUCAAGACCAAGAAGGAGAUGGACAUCAUGCAGCACUUCACCAACUUCAGCAGGGAGGCCCAUUUG